AUGAGCUCCAUUCACGAGGUUGUGGCUCUUAUUGAAGAACUGUACUCUCCUCAUCCAAAACACGACGUUAAUCAGAUUCAACAGAGUUUACAGUCAAUCCAGAGAUCAGAGCAAGGCUUCCACCUUGCUAAUGAGCUGCUAUCUGAUGAUAAGUACUCUGCCAACGUCAAGUACUUCGGUGCGCUGACUUUAACUGUGCAACUAAACACACGGGGUGAAAACGAUUAUGAAACUUUAUGGAAUGUCUUCAAAUCAAAUUUAUUGUACUUAACAAAAUUCAGUACAUUAUAUGUUUCAGACUCUAAUAUGUACGGGCAGUCUCUAAUUAUAAUUAAAAAGUUGAUGUCAAACUUGUCAUUGAUCUUCACUAAGGUCAACGAUCCGCAGCUUAAUAGUACUGGUAAUGAGAAUAUGAUUAAGCAAUGGAACAAUCCAAUAAAUACAUUAAUUCAACUCAUGUCGCUUCAAGAUCAAAAUAUUCAUGCAGACCAGCUAUUGCUUGAUUCGAUCAACUGUACCUUGACAUAUGAGCAACUGUCUCAAUUCGCUGGCCUUUCUCAGAAACACAAUGAACUAGUAUUGACGUUUACGGAAAUUAUUGUGGAAGAUUUGACGAAGUUUCAAACAAAAAGGCAUUCAAUGUCUCAAAUCCACGAAUUAGUACAUGAGCACCUAUAUAUAUCGACUAUGGCUUUGAUCAACUUAAAUUUGACUGCGCAAAGUCUUUUCAAUCCUACGGUAUUUGAUUGUAUUACUGCUUGGAUUAAUUAUAUUUCAUUAACCAGAAGUGUAUCUCCAAGUGGUAGAAUGGAUCUAUCGGAAAUCUUUCAGAACCUGAUUGAUUUGAUGUAUCAAUCUACUGAGGGUUCAGAUGGUUAUGAGAAUGCCGAAAAGAUUUUAACAAUAUUUGGUAAUGUCUUUGCCAAUGAUCCAUUGUUAAUGAGUUAUGACUUGAGACAACAAAUUGAGUGCAUUUUUUUAGGUGUAGUAAGACCUGAUUUUGGUAUAACCGACACAUCAAAUGGAAACUCUUGGAUGCUACAAUAUAUGAAUUAUUUAGUUACCAAUGAUUUUUUUUCUGAAUUGAAGGAAUUGACCAUUUGUAUCGUGGACUUCUUGCAAAUUAACACUUUAAGCGUUUGUAACAAACUAUUCACUAACAUUCAAGCAACAGAUAAUGCUCAGGUUCAAGAUAAAUUCAUUCAAGACUACAUUAAAGUACUUUUGCAACUAACCAACUUUCCUUUGACGCCUGUCUUACAAGAAUUCUUUUCCGUAAAAAUGGUCGAUUUUUGGUUGGAUUUAUCAGACGCCUAUUCUAAUUUAGCUAGCGAAACUUUAAGGCCAAAUUCUAUUGAAUUGUCUACACAAAUUUUUCAGCAAUUAAUCAAUAUUUACUUACCUAAAAUAUCUUUGAGCGUUAAACAAAAAAUAAUUGAAGAAGAUGGUGAGAGUACUUCUAUGAACGAAUUUGAUGAUUUUAGAAACGCCGUUAGUGAUCUUGCUCAAUCUCUUUGGUCUAUUUUGGGGAACGAUAAUUUAACGAAUGUUCUUAUUAAUGGUAUGGGCCAAAUGCCCGCUGCUGGUGAUGACACUCUUCUCAUCAAGGAUUCUGAUGUUUUGUUCCGGAUUGAAACCAUGUGCUUUGUAUUGAAUACUAUAUUAAUGGAUAUGACACUAUCGGAGAGCCCAUGGAUAAAAAAUAUUGUUGGUUCCAAUAAAUUUUUCAAUCAAAACGUCAUAUCCGUCUUUCAAACUGGUUUUCAAACUAAUGCCGGUACAAAAGUAGGUCAAAUUUUGAAGCUUGACAUUGUAAGAACAAGCACUACGUUAAUUGGUACUUUAGCUGGAUAUUUUAAACAGGAACCAUUUCAAUUAAACCCAUAUGUAGAAACUUUAUUUCAAGUUUUGCAUACUUGCACUAAUUUUACCAGUAAAAACGAGCAAGAAAAGAUUUCAAACGACAAACUUGAAGUUAUGGCGAUCAAGACAGUCUCAACACUAUGUGAAACAUGCCGUGAGGAGUUGACUCCAUAUUUGGUGCAUUUCAUAAGCUUCUUAAACGCUGUCAUUAGGCCAGAUUCUAAUGUUUCUCAUUUUACUAGAACCAAGUUAGUCAGAUCGAUAGGGUAUGUCGUUCAAUGUCAAGUUGCUAAUGGUCCAGAAGAGCAGGCCAAGUAUAUUCUACAAUUGAUAGAUUUACUAAAUGGAUCAAUAGAGCAGUGUUUGGCUUCAUCAGUACAGUUACAGGAGCAACAAGAUUACAUCAAUUGUCUAUUAUGUUGCACAUCUGAGUUGGCAACCAGUUUGAUACAACCUACAGAAAUUAUUGAAAACGAUGCGCUAUUACAAAGACUACCUGACUUUCAAAAUUUCUGGUCCGCCGAUCCGUUUCAAAUUCGAUCGAAAAUUUUAUCCACCAUUGAUAAGGUGUUGGAUAAUCCAAUAUACGGUAAAAAUUCUGCGUUUGUGGAGAUCGGUUGUUUGAUUGUUGGCAAAGGAUUAAAUUUGCCUGACGAGGAACCUUUUUUCCUCAAAUACAAUAUGUCUGAUGUUAUGAAAUUUGUUUUGAGGCACGUCCCCAACUGUGAAUUUUCUACCUCGUUGCCUUAUUUCGUUUAUCUAUUAGAAAAGCUUAUUUCAGAAUUUAAGACUGAAUUAUCAUCUCAGGAAUUUGAUUUCAUGUUCGAAAAGAUCCUUCUCGCCUAUUAUGAUCCGUAUAUUAUUAAUGAUCCAGACCUUUUACAAAUGACAAUAGGUUUUGUUAAUACCGUUUUGGAUGUGAAGCCUGGUUUGGCUAUUGGUAGUAAACAUUGGACUUCAUUUCUGUUACCUCAUCUUCUGAAGCUACUACCAUCAAAAGAAAAAUUUACCAUUGUUGCAGUGGCAAAAUUUUGGACCAAGCUGAUUAAUAACAAGAAAUACAAUCAAGAGGAACUUACGAUUGUCAGGCAGCAAAUUUCCUCUAUAGGACAAGAGCUUGUAUACCAAAUUAUGUAUGGUUUAUUCCACACGCAAAGGUCGGAUUUGAAUAGUUACACGGAUUUGCUAAGAGCUUUGGUAGCCAAAUUCCCGAUUGAAGCCAGGGAGUGGCUAGUUGCCGUUUUGCCCCAAAUAUGUAGCAACCCUGCUGGCCAUGAAAAAUUCAUUAAUAAAUUACUUAUAACGAGGGGAAGCAGAGCAGCUGGAAAUGUUAUUUUGCAAUGGUGGCUGGAUUGUACUACACUUCCAAACUAUCAAUCAUGA